UUUCUGGUCAACGCACGAUCAGUUUGAGUUCGGAUUUAAAGCGGAACGACAGCCUCGCCUCCAAUAUUACACUAACGGUCGCAUUUGUUCUUCGUGUUCUUUGUGGCGCUGAUCUAAAUAAAAGUAUUAAGUAAAUACAUUUUCUGCUUAGUGUCAAGCUAUCAGCGAGAAUGAAACUGGGCUUAGGGAUCCUGGCGGGGACUCUCUUGCUGCUGGGAGCCAUCUCGUGUAUCUCAGCGAAUCGUACUUUCACAGUCGACUAUGAAAACGAUAGGUUUCUUAAGAAUGGCGAACCUUUCCGCUUUAUAGCGGGUUCUUUUCACUAUUUUCGUGCUCACCCCGGCACCUGGCAGCGACAUCUACGGACCAUGAGAGCUGCCGGUCUCAAUGCGGUUACCACUUAUGUAGAGUGGUCCUUGCAUAACCCCCGCGAUGAUGUCUAUGUCUGGAAUGGCAUAGCCGAUCUGGAGCACUUUAUUCGCCUGGCUGUGGGCGAGGAUCUGCUGGUUAUUCUACGGCCAGGUCCCUACAUUUGUGCAGAACGUGACAUGGGAGGCUUUCCCUACUGGCUGCUCCAGAAAUACCCGGGGAUUCAACUUCGCACAGCGGAUGUCAACUAUCUCAGCGAGGUGCGCAUCUGGUACACGCAACUCUUCAGCAAGAUAUCUCAAUAUUUAUAUGGAAAUGGCGGACCCAUCAUCAUGGUUCAGGUGGAGAACGAAUACGGCUCCUAUUUUGCCUGCGACCUCAACUACCGCAACUGGCUGCGCGACGAGACACAGAGCCAUGUCAAUGGUAAGGCGGUGCUUUUCACCAACGACGGACCCGGCGUUCUCCGCUGCGGCAAGAUCCAGAAUGUCCUGGCUACCAUGGACUUUGGAGCCACCAAAGACCUCAAAUCUACUUGGGCCAAACUGAGGCGGUUCCAGCCCAAAGGACCGCUGGUCAAUGCGGAGUAUUAUCCCGGCUGGCUGACCCACUGGACGGAGCCAAUGGCCAAUGUCAGCACGGAAUCGAUUUCGCAAACUUUCAAAGAUAUGCUGGAUAGUGGCGCCAGUGUCAACUUCUAUAUGUUCUAUGGCGGCACCAACUUCGGUUUCACGGCCGGCGCCAAUGAGAUUGGACCCGGCAAUUACAUGGCGGACAUCACAAGCUAUGACUAUGACGCUCCCAUGACGGAGGCAGGCGAUCCCACGCCUAAGUACCUGGCCCUACGUCGCAUCAUCGCCCGUUACCUGCCGUUGCCCAAUCUGCCGGUGCCCGAACCUGUGCCCAAGCGAUCUUAUGGAACUGUGCGUCUCACCAGCUGCUGCACCCUAUUCUCGCCGGAAGCGCGGCAGCGGCUUUCCACGGGCUUCGUCCAGGCAGACACGCCAAAGUCCUUCGAGGCUCUGGGUCAGUACUCUGGCUUGGUGCUGUAUGAGACCUGGUUGCCGAGUUUCAGGCGUGAUCCGAGCAUCUUAAACGUGGCCGGAGUGUCGGAUCGCGGCUAUGUCUAUGUUGACGGAGAGUACGUUGGCCUGGUGGCCCGGGAGACACCUGCGUUUGACAUUUCGCUAAGUGUCAGUGCGGGACGCAAGCUGCAGAUUCUCGUUGAGAACCAGGGAAGGAUCAACUACGGUCGGAAGCUUAACGACUUUAAGGGCAUCGUCCGGGACGUGCGGCUCGACAAGAAGGUGCUGACUAACUGGAAUAUGACUCAGUUCCCGCUGGAGUCGUACGACAAUCUGGAACAGCUCAUAGCCCAGUCAACCGAGGCGGCUCGCCUGGGCUUCCAGGAACUGCGGAAGCUGCGAACGUUGCUUCGCACUGGGCCGGCUAUCUACCACGGCCACGUGGAGAUCCAGAAGGAUUCGGAUGUCGCGGACACCCAUUUGGACAUGUCCGGCUGGGGCAAGGGCAUUGUCUUUGUAAACGGAGAGAAUCUCGGCCGUUAUUGGCCAUUGGUGGGGCCACAGGUCACCCUGUACGUUCCGGCUCAGGUGCUUAAGGUGGGCUCCAACCGCCUGGUCGUGGUGGAGUACCAGCAGACGCCCACCUCGCUGGAGCUGCACUUCCGGGACACCCCUAUUUUGAACGCGAGAACCGUUUAAGUCCAAGACGAGGGACUAACGACUGACGACUGAGGGCCUUUGCCACGUGCAUCCAUCGCCAUACAUCAUGCAACAUUCGUUAAUGUAGAUCUAAAUGUAAAUUUAUGCGGUUUAAGUUCUUUGUGAGGCAUUAAAGCGACCCCGGGGCGGACGCGUACAGUCUGCCUCGUUAUCCUUUUGUAA